UGAAAUUUUGCGUAAAUAAAUCACGCUAAGUCACUGUUUUAUCUGGAAAGGUACUUGGUGUAAUAAUAUUCUCUGGUGCAUGAUGGCUACAGUAUUAUGUGUGGUGCUUUUGCUAUGCGUGUAUGCCUGUCAGUGUGUGAGCGACUAUUACUCAGUGCUUGGAGUUUCUCGCUUUGCAUCUUCAAGAGAGAUCAAGAAAGCAUUUCACAAACUGACCCUAACACACCAUCCUGAUAAGAACCAAAGCCCAAACUCACAGCAGACCUUCACAUAUAUUACUCAGGCCUAUGAGGUGCUGUCUGACAGACAGAAGAGACGAAUUUAUGAUCAAAUGGACCAUCUAUCAAACCCUGAUCAGGGCAGCGAAAGAAUGUUCAAGAAAGAUCAGAAAGAUGUGGGCAGCAAUAAAGGAGCGUUUCAGAGUAAAAAGAGUUUCCAGGACUUUAGUCUAGAGGAGCUGCUUCAUACGCUGCAGAUGGAUGAUGACUUCUUUAUGGGUGAACAGCCUGGUUAUGAAGGAUGGAGUUUUAUUUAUGGGCCUGAGGAUGAUGAUGAUGAUGAAACAAUACUUGUCAGUGAUCUUUUCAAUAUGCUUUGAUCCUUGUGUAUCCUCAUGAACAUGAAGUGUUUUUAUUUAUAUGUGCAU